UUGCUUUUUUUGGUAUAUUUGUAUCUUUGUCUUUGCUCUCAAACCGCUCCAAUAUUCAAGUUAUUUUUUUUUGCUAAUACAGGUUACCGCUACAAAACUACCCACCCACCUUUGCACACACAGUCUUUGCUAUAAUGUCACUUUACGGGAAGGUUCUGUUCAUCACCGGCGCAUCAAGAGGAAUCGGCAAGGCCAUUGCGCUGCGGGCUGCGCGCGACGGCGCAUGGGUUGCGAUUGCAGCCAAAACAGCAGACCCGAACCCAAAGCUGCCGGGCACGAUCUUCUCGGCGGCCAAGGAAAUCGAGCAGGCCGGCGGCAGGGCGCUGCCGAUCCAGUGCGACAUCCGCGAGGAGGCGCAGGUGCGGAGCGCACUGAAGCAGACGGUCGACCACUUUGGCAAGAUCGACAUUGUCAUCAACAACGCGUCGGCAAUUCACCUGGCCAGCACCGAGGCCACGGACGUCAAGCGCUACGAUCUGAUGCACAGCAUCAACGGGCGCGGCACCUGGAUGGUGUCCAAGUUUGCGCUAGAGCACCUCAAGAAAUCGGGCAACCCACAUAUCCUCAAUAUUAGCCCGCCGCUGUCCAUGGACGCCAAGUGGUUCUCACCGUUCCCGGCCUACACCAUUGCCAAGUACAACAUGAGCCUGUGUGUGCUGGGCAUGGCCGGCGAGCUGCGCAGCCAGGGCAUUGCCGUCAAUGCGCUGUGGCCGCUGACAAUGAUCGAGACGGCAGCGCUCAAGAUCGCCGACAGGGCCAAUGCUGGCGAACGCAAGUCGCGCACGCCCGAGAUCAUGGCCGAUGCGGCGCACAGCAUCUUGACGCGGCCAGCCGGCGAGUUCUCGGGCAACUUCUGCCUUGACGAGCUGCUGCUGCGCAAGGACGGCGUCACCGACUUUGAAAAGUACAACAACACACCGGGCGCAGCGCUGGAGGAGCUGAGCCCCGACUUUUUCCUUGACGACGGCCAGCUGGAGGAGCUGGACGCCCUGCGCGAGGCGCAGGCGGCGCAGGCGCAGGCGCAGGCAAAGGCGAAACUGUGAGCGGUACCGAUGCGACCGAGUGGAUGAGGGGAGAAGCUGCAUUGGCUGGCUGUUUUUCUUUUCUCUCCUCUUCGCUUUCUUCGCUUUCUUAUCUUCUCUUCUCUAACAAAUAAAUUA